CACUGCUGUCCUUGCCGCAAACAUGAAGGGCGGCAAACUCCCGCCGCUGCUCAUCUUCAAGGGCAAGCCCACGGCGCCGGGAAAACCCCCCGCUGCAAACAGCGUCGAACGAGAGUUUAAGGUGGGCAAGGACAAGAAGGGGGUAGCAUACCCUCAGAGCGUUGUGUACGCCGCGGACGACAAGGCGUGGCGCACGCAGCGCGUCUUCAGGGAUGUCUGGCUCCCCCAAGUAUGGAACCGGCGCCCGGGUCGUGAGGGGGUCCUGGGCAACAACUAUCAGCCGGACACGCUGCUAUCGUGGAACGAUCACACAGUGCACAAGACAGCCCUGUGCAAGAAAGCGAUGGACAAGUCCAACAAAACGCUGUUUUUUGUCCCCGGAGGCCCAACGCCCAAGAUCCAGCCUUGCGAUGGAUUUAUCAACAAACUCUUCAAGUCCAACAUGUCAAGGCUGUACGACGACCAUAUGGCCUCCACCGACGCCGUGCGCAACGACCGCGGCUACCCGGAGCCCCCAUCGAGGGGAUUGCUCGCGCAGUGGGUGAAGAAAGCGUGGGAUGAAGUGUACACUGAGAGCAUCCGUUCGAGCUGGAGGAAGGCUGGCAUGACCCUUGCCUUCGAUGGGUCUGAAGACGAGGCGUGGGCCAACAAGGAGCUCAACUCCGACGCCCAAGGGAAACCACUUCAUGCAGACGGCGACGCGGCUACUGCCGGCGUGGAGGAGGCUGGCCCAUCGGAGGAGGGGAAGACGAUGGCUUACUUGUUGGAGGUGUUGGAAAUCGACGAUGACAGCACGGGAGAUAGCGAAGGCAUCGAUGGCCCGGAGGUUGAGGUAAUGGCAGACUUGCCGGGGGCGGACGUUGUUUGCAUGGACUGAGUGUCUUGUCUGGUAUCUACCUACCGUAGUUGCAUGUCAUGGUCAAGUCAACCAAAGCUGCGAUUCCAGCCAAUUUGUCCGGUGUUCCAUAUGUUUCGGUAGUCGCUUGUCCUCUUUGGAUGUUGUUUCUAGCUUUGGUUGAGAUAUAGCUGGCACUUGCUUGCCUAUGUAGUUCCAGCUUGAGUGGUGAACGCGAGUCUUGCAAGUCGUUGCGUCGUCCACGUACCUGUGUGCUGUCGUUGUGUCGCACACAACACCAGAACGACCGCACACAACACCGGCACAACCGCUAUGAGGCAUCGGUACUACGUGUUCGUUGUGUAUGCGAAGAUUUUCCAAAGGAUAUACUGCGACAAUGCACGUGGGAAAGCAUGUACGGGGUGGAGUAGCGUGGGUGACCCUAGCUAUCACACCUGUUUUACACCCCUUUACGCCCUUUAUAGGUGGGUGCCUCCUUUGAGCUGCAUCACUCGGGUGACAUUAUUAUCACAUCCCCGUUAAGUUAUCACACCCGAUUGUUAUCACGCCCCCUCGUCAUCACACCCCCUCGUUAUCACACCCCUUGCAAGCCGGGUCCUGUGAGCGCGCUUCAUCACACGGGCCACGGUAUCACACCCCCUGUUGGUGGGGCUCUGUGAGUGCACUUUAUCACACGGGUGACAUAAGAUAUCACACCCCCUACAGAAUACCACACCCGUGUGAUAACUUUUGUCCCCCCGAAAAUGUUAUCACACGGGUGUGGUAUCUUAUGCAACCUACGGUAGUACGGACAGAAGAAGGUACUGGACCGAGAGAUCGGGACGGUUUUUAAUGUAAUAACAACAAUAACAACAACAACAACAACAACAACAAAAGCACUGCUGCCACUGGUGUGGUGUGGUCCGGCAGACGGUUUGAAUUUGGAUUCCCCCCCUCCCCUACGAAUGAAGAAUAUGUAAAAGGCAGGUAGACAUUUGGACAGGUAGUACCGUAUAUGACACAAGAUAACACACCCCCUUGACCAAUUUUCGAAGUUCGAUUUCCCAACUGCAGGAACAGUCACAGCGCCGAAAAUGGCGGCGUUGAAACUGUCUCGUCGAGAGCUUUUCGAAAAUGUAGUAAUCGAGCUUUAAAAAUCGGUCUAGGGGGUGUGUUAUCUUGUGGCAUAUACGGUAGUAGUCCUGUGCUGCUGCUGCUGCUGUAAUACAAAUAAAUGUAGCUGCUACGCUAUUAUACCAUGUUGGCUGCUGGCAGUGCGUGGGUCCUUCAAGUUCCAUGCUAGAGGUGACGUAGGAAGCGUCUGUGGUGGAUGACACCAAGUAGUAAUAGCCAUGCAGGUGAGCAGGCUGGUGCCUAUUGGCUGUUUGUGUGUUCGUGCUGCUGCUGUGUUGCUUGCUGCUG